GAGAGAGAGGACGAGAGCACUGAAGAGAUUGUAAGCUGCAAGUGGAGAAGCGAGACACUGCGAGUGAGCGCUGAUGCCUUGAGUGUCGCCACUUGUUUUUGCUUCUUUUGGAUCAUCUCAACUGUGCUACUCAUUCCCCAACCCCCUCACCCUUGAAUAUUUUUCCCCCCACUCUUGACUAAUGGCGUGAGAGCAUCUUUGAACACCUGCCCUUGUCUGUCCUGUCCUCCUCCCUGCUUCAAGUCCCAUGGGUAUCCGUGCAUCCUGCAGGCCAGAGCCUCAGAGCUGUGGUGGCACCUCCAAGCCAAGUCAGACAGACUCGCCUGUCCCCGAUCAAGACGAGGAGAUCCUGGGCUCUGACGAUGAUGAGCAAGAAGACCCCGGUGACUACUGCAAGGGGGGAUAUCACCAUGUGAAGAUUGGAGAUCUUUUCAACAGAAGAUACCAUGUGAUCCGCAAGCUUGGCUGGGGGCACUUCUCGACUGUGUGGCUAGCUUGGGACAUCCAGGAGAAGCGCUUUGUCGCUAUGAAGGUUGUGAAAAGCGCUGAGCAUUACACAGAAACGGCCCUGGAUGAAAUCAAGCUACUCAAAUCUGUGCGGAACACAGACCCCGCUGAUCCCAGCAGGGAGCGAGUGGUGCAGCUUCUUGAUGACUUCAAAAUUUCUGGCAGGAACGGCACGCAUAUCUGCAUGGUCUUUGAGGUGCUGGGGUACCAUCUUCUAAAGUGGAUCAUCAAGUCAAAUUAUCAAGGCCUCCCAUUGCCUUGUGUUAAAAGCAUCAUUCGACAGGUCCUCCAGGGUUUAGAUUACCUCCACACGAAAUGUAAAAUCAUCCACACAGACAUCAAGCCAGAAAACAUUCUUCUCACUGUCAACGAGUCCUAUAUCAAGAAAAUGGCUGUCGAAGCGACGCAAUGGCAGAAAACUGGCGUGGUACCGCCCUCUGGCUCUGCAGUGAGUACAGCUCCAGCACCCAAGCCGAUGGCCAAAAUGUCAAAGAAUAAAAAGAGAAAGAUGAAGAAGAAGCAGAAGAAGAAGCAGGCAGAGCAGCGACAGGUGGGAGGAGAAGCGUCACUCAAAGCUGGAGAAGAGAGAGAGGAGGACACAAAAGAAACCACGUCUGACGUCUCUACUGCCCCCACCUCGGUGUCGACCACGUUGCAAAAUGACACGGAGCAUCCUAUCGCAGAAUCUCCCAUUGUCAAGCUCCCCCAAGAGGUGGCUGAGCCAAGUGUACCCACAGAGGGCGCCACCAAGGAGGAGAGUAACAUGGAGGCCAACUGCAACGGUAACGCCUCCGAACCGGUGAGCGAGGCCACCCAAGAAAGCCCGGAACAUGGGACCAAGCAGUCUGCAGAAGAGCUAGAGGACCAACAGAAUGAAAACCAAGUAGAUGACAAAAUACAGACUCUCGACAAAGUACGCAACAAAGACGACUUCCAGAGCUGUAACGGCCGCUCAGAGGACCCCGAGCCACCCGCUUCCUUCGGCUCAGACGUUGCCACUUCAGAGAUGAUUGAUGCUGUCAAGGUAGAGCGAAAGGAGGAGGAUAUGGACACACAAGGGGAGAACAAAACGCAAGGUCAAGAUGAAGAAAAUAGUUUGAGUGAAUCAUCUAGUAGCUUGUUAGUAAAUCCCUUGGACCCUCUGAAUGCUGACAAGUUGCAGGUUAAGAUCGCCGACCUUGGAAACGCCUGCUGGGUGCACAAGCAUUUUACGGACGACAUCCAGACUCGACAGUAUCGUUCACUCGAGGUGCUGCUAGGAGCUGGCUAUGGCACGCCGGCAGACAUUUGGAGCACAGCCUGCAUGGCCUUCGAACUGGCAACUGGAGACUAUUUGUUUGAACCUCACUCAGGAGAAGAUUAUUCCAGAGAUGAAGGUUUGUGGAUUCUUGAGGGACAAAUCCUGCCUAUAAACGACCACGAGACAUGCAAGACAAAAGCCAAUAUCCUUUCUUUAAUUGCGACUCACGUGUGCAUGUCUCCAGAUCACAUAGCUCUGAUCAUCGAGCUGCUCGGCAAGGUUCCUCGCAAGCUGAUCACGGCAGGCAAAUACUCCAAGGAGUUUUUCACCAAGAAAGGUGACCUGCGGCACAUCACAAAGCUGAAGCCAUGGGGGAUGUUUGAUGUGCUGGUGGACAAGUACGAGUGGUCCAAAGAAGAGGCGCACAAGUUCAGCAGCUUCCUGCAGCCAAUGCUGGACCUUGUCCCUGAAAGAAGGGCCACGGCUGCUCAGUGUCUCUCUAAUGCCUGGCUGGCAUAAGAUGGCGUGCAGAUAAUUGUGAUACACACACGCACGCACACACCGCUAGAUGCACACAGGAUGGGUGUGAAGAUUAUGGGCUUAAAACCGAAACUGUGCACUCUUCAUGGCCUUCCGAUGCAGCCGGCACACACUUGUCACACCAGCUAAGACUGCACCUUAGUUGCCAUCCACAUUCUUUUUAGAUUACCGACAGAAGAGGAAGCAAAUCUUCUUGGAUUCAUUUCGCAGGGCGAGUUUGUUUUGGUGUCUACAGCACAUGAACACGUUCGGAUAUUUUAGUUACUCUUAGAAUUUAAGAUCUACAGUAGUUCUUGCGCUCGAGUACAAGCAAGCAGUAACAGAUUUUGCUGUUAAAAUCACCAACUUUUUAGAUCACGAAGAAGCCAAAUCCGUGCAGUCUUGUUUACCAUUGCUUUAGCCGUGCCAUCAUUUAUAUCUUUAGUGGUCAAACUCGCUCAAAGAACCUGACCGCCACGGAAAGGACUAGAAAACAUUUCUACAUUUGUACACAAUGACAAGAGGAAAGAGGAUCAGUCUUUAUACAGUUUUGCUAUGAAUUUUUUGUUUUGUUUUCAGCUUUGCACAAUGUCAUCAAAACCCACGAUAUUCUUGUUUAUUAUCACAAGAGUAGGUUUUAGAAUUCAUUAUACAUCAAACUGGGCCUACGCAGUCGCCUUUAGGGAGUCUUUGAAGGGAUGUUCCGGUGCUGUUUAAAUGCAUGGGAUGGGCGAUACUCACAUCAAUAAUAUAGCUACAGCAAUCCACCCGUACUCACACGGCUCAAAAGAAAUUUGCUCAUAGGUUCUUAAAGGUUCUCCUGUUCAGCCAAGUUUAUUUUCUGUAGGUAAAGAAGAAUAAAAUGUUUCUAAACGUC